GACACGAGCUCGAGGAUCUUUCCGACCUCACGUUCGCUCAUUGUUUAUUUCACUAAAACAGGAACAAUUUUUUUGAUCGUAAAAUACACUGAGGAAAUAAACAAGAGACAAAACGAAGAAGAAUAUCGAGUAAUUUGGAAUAGUAAUUUUCGGGCAUUGAAAUAAAUCAGAAGCGAAAUAUUUGGAAAGAUAAACUUUUCGAGUGUUUUCUAUUUCGUUGAGUUCUAUUAUUUUUCGUAACUUGUCGAUCAGUGCCUCCAUGAUUAUAAAUUUAUUGUCGACUCGUGUGUCCUAAAUUUCGUGGUUAUACCUGUGUUUUUCGUGUGUGAAUUAAUUAUGAUAAAACACACUGUGCGUGUGUAAUCUUCAUAAAGUAUUAAGAGAAAAGGAAUUUGCGCACAUAUUUAUUAUGAGGGAGAGACGAAGGUUAAUGGUGUAAGGACAUAAAACGUGGCUGCAUUGAUUUUUAUUUUCCCGCUCGCGGGUGCCACGCGUUCGUUAACGUACGCUUUUCGAAAUAACGAAACAAAUAGUCUGAUUCGGCUUAUGUUUAUAACCUUCUUGCGAGGAAACAAAUACUUGGAAAAAUCGACUCUAAUUUUUCUAAAUAAGUUUCUACGACGAGUAUACGGAAUUGUUGGAACGCGAAAUUUGUUCUUUCUGCCAUAGCUGCGUGUGGCAUUUAACGGAUCACUGAAUUUAUCGUUGCGCGUUGGAUAAUAUAACUUACGGUAGAAGGAGGAUCACUCGAGUAUCGAUACAAGGAAGUAUCAAUAUUGAUAAGGAACAAAGAGGAGAACGAUCGAGGACGCGAAGUAACCGAUCGAAGCGACUGCGGGCACGUCGUUGAGUUAAUUAUUUCGUUUUUCCUGUACGAAGACGAUCAGUCAACGAGACUCUGGCGUUGGGACAUCAACGACUGAGGAAUUUGUUUUUUCUCAUCUCUAGUCUCAAUCGCAUUCGUCAUGUUUCGGUCACCGGUAACCAGCGCGAUUCCCAUCUUCGUGCUAUUCCUCGUCAGCACCGUUUCGUCGGCGCCAAGAGAAGAAAUGACAACACGAAGCCCGAACGAGUUUCCUGAGACUCGAGAAUCCGAAGUCAUUCGGAAAGAAGAAUCUCUGCGUCACUCAGAAACCGUCGGGAGCGAAACCAAUGGGAACCAGACCGAAAAAAAAAUGACCGUAUCACCGCCGACGAUUACACACGAAAAAGUGCAAUUUAAUAAUUCGGAGAGCAAAGACAUGCUGGAGACGCACGUAAACCCUCCGGAUGACGACGAUGAGACGAGCGAGAAAGCUUCGGACAAACCGCAAAAAGAUUCUAACUUGAACGCAACGACUUGGAAAUAUUCCAAUGAUACAGGCAUUUUUGCGCCAUUCAAUUUCCCAACGAACCAUUCGGCUCUCGAUAUUCGAACGGCCACACCCGAAUGGUACGAAAAAUUGAAACCGUCGAACUACAGCACCAGCGAAAACGACACCGACAGCGUCAAUAAGACUGACUCAAAACCUGCGCCAGUGUUGGUCGUUACGAUGCCAUCGAAUUCAAGCGCUGCAACGGAAGCUACACAGCCCCCGAAAACGCCGGCGGUAGCGUCGACGGAAGUGGGUAACACAGCGAGAACAGCAACGGCGACAGGAACCAUGACGACCGUCCCAACAAUCGACAACGAAAAUAAGAAGGAAUUCAACCCAACGACUUACCGUCCAACUUUGAGUACUCCGAGUCUAGCUGAGAUGAAGUUACACGAGAAGAAAAUACCGGUACCGGAAAAAAUGCCCACUGGCGUCGCAGCUCUCAUAGCUGCCAUUUCUUUUGCCAUUGUCGUCGUUCUCACUUACAUUGGUCUUCUUGUCCGAAAACGUUAUCUCGAAUGGCGGUACGGAAAUCGCGAGUUGCUCGUCAACGAUUUUGACGCUGCUGAUAUGAGUAAUUUUGAGUUGUGAGCUGCCAAAUCUCGAGAGAAGUGAAAACGGUGUGAGGCGCGUAAUAUUUCACCGAGAAUUGUCACAGGAUUUGGUGAUCGGUUGAUACGAACGUAUAUGCCGUGUGAAGUAUAAUUGAUCUGUGAUUCGAUAAACGCUAAGAGUCUCAUCGAAGUUCGAAGUUUCGGGUAAAGAGGAAGAGUCAUUUUUCUUCCUCAUGAAAGCGAUGGAAUGACUACGAAAAAAUUCGUAUAAGGUGGUACUUGAGAUCGAAUGACAUUCGAUUUUUUUUUAUAACUUUGUUUCAGUAUUCGUUAAAAGUUGCCACACGAAGGUGGAUAAUUAUGAGAAAAAAAAUGAAAUUGUAAAAAAUAUUUUCGUUGCAUUCCAAUGGUCCGAGCUUAACAGCAUUAAAAAGAAAUCUGUGCCUGAACAAUACAGACGCAGAUUACCCGCUUUACCGACUGUUUAUUGAUAUACGAAUACUUUGUGUAAAGUAACGUGUAAAUAAUUUGUUUUUCUUAUUUUUUUUCGUCUUUUUCAAAUAAAAUUAGAAUACUGUUUUGUAAA